GGGGGAGGGAGCUGCAAGCCACUUAAACCCAAAGAUGUGGGUCCUGCUGGCCACUCCGCUGUACAGCGCCACCCCUCGGCACAAGCCAAAAUUACAGCGCCUCCUUUCCUUCCGACUCUCCAAUGUUCACAGCUCGGCCGGAGACCGUCGUCUUCCCGGCUCCAUUUCAACAGGAUUUUUUACACUCCUAACCACCCCAGAUCAGGACAAGACCGAUUCUAAGGGGGAAAACAUGUCCAGUGAAAGACAACGUUCAGAUGACGAAAGUCCGAGCACCAGCAGCGGGAGUUCUGAUGCUGAUCAGAGAGAUCCUCCCGUGCCAGAGCCGGAGGAGCAAGAGGAGAGAAAGCAGCCCACACCUCCCCAGCAACAAAAGAAACCCACUAAGCUGUCCAGCAAAACAACGGCGAAAUUGUCCACCAGUGCUAAAAGAAUCCAGAAGGAGCUAGCUGAAAUCACUUUGGAUCCCCCGCCCAACUGCAGUGCGGGGCCAAAAGGAGACAACAUCUACGAGUGGCGGUCCACCAUCUUGGGGCCUCCUGGUUCAGUCUAUGAAGGCGGCGUCUUCUUCCUAGACAUCACCUUCUCGUCCGAUUACCCCUUCAAGCCACCAAAGGUUACCUUCCGCACGAGGAUCUAUCACUGCAACAUCAACAGCCAGGGCGUCAUCUGCUUGGACAUCCUGAAGGACAACUGGAGUCCGGCGCUCACCAUCUCCAAGGUGCUGCUCUCCAUCUGCUCCCUGCUGACCGACUGCAAUCCCGCGGAUCCUCUGGUGGGCAGCAUAGCCACUCAGUACCUGACCAACAGAGCCGAGCAUGACAGGAUAGCUCGACAGUGGACCAAGAGAUACGCCACAUAAGACGGCAGGAUACACCAACCCCCCACCUCCCCCACCCCCCAGCAAAGCCCCCACCCCACUCAUCCCCCCAUCCAUCCAUCCAGCCCAGUCCAGCCCAGCUCAGCCCAGCCCAGCCCAGCCCAGCCCAACCCGGCCCGGCCCGGCCCGGCCCGACUCAACAACAAAACAACACACCAACGCCCUCUCCACCUGUCACCGGAGGUUUCAAAAACCCUCUUCAGAAAGUGGGAAAAAAAACCUGCCUCUUUUUUUUUCCACCCAACCGAAGUGACUGGUCUACCUGUCAUGAGAACUCAUACAUGGGUUUCCCGUUUGUAAACAAUCCCUGUCUGCGCACUCUUCCACCUCUGAUUGUUGGAAACUGCUGUCACUCAAAAAAACGGGCUCACGUGGUUGGCUGCUUAGCAUCGUGCCCCUCCUCACAGCAGGACUGUUUGUAAACGGGAAACCUAUGUAUUACGAUCAGCGGAUUUUGGAUCAAAUUUAUGGCAUGUUUUUUUUUUUUUUUUACUUUCUGAACCUGGGAUUGACACCUCUACUCCGUCAAACUCCCG